AUGAAGAUUCGUUUAAACCUCCUUCUCCUUCUUCUUUUACCUCUAAUCAUUCUUCUGUUUCCGACAUUAUCUCUUGCUCAAGACUACGGCGACGAUGCCCCGGCCAAGGACACUCCUCCUCCAGGUCUGGUCCGUUGCAACGGAGUUUACAUGUCUUACAGUUCCGGCGGCCGCGAAAAGUUGUAUCCUCGCACCCAUAACGCCACGGCUCAAGCCUGGUCGUUCAAAGCAACGGCCAUGAUCGUUAACACCGGUAUUGAAGAGGUCAAAGGUUGGCAAAUGUUUGUAGGGUUUCACCACAGAGAGAUCAUUGUUUCCGCGACCGGAGCUGUCUCCUCGGAUGGUGACUUUCCUUACGAUGCAAGCAACGGGACGACGUUUAUCGGGUCUCCGAAUACGGAUCUCAAGACCUCGAUCGCGACUGCUGGAGAUUACACUCAGAUCUCCACAAACAUCGAGAUAACUGGAACGGUUUUUGGCGGUAAAGGCACGGCUACGCCAUUGCCGAAAACGAUCAAGCUCACAAAUGAUGGAUGGCAAUGCCCUGCUGCUACUUCUAAAGGUGGUACAAUGCAAGUUUGCUGCAAGAGGAACCCAAAGUUUAAAGCUAAAGAAAAGGUGAAAACCAAGUUCACGCCUAGAAGACGCGGUGACCUGAACAUAAUCUACGACAUUCUUCAAGCCUACACGAGCAACUACAUGGCGCAGGUGACUAUAGACAACACUAGUCCGUUGGGACGGCUAGACCAUUGGAACUUGACAUGGGAGUGGAUGCGAGGCGAGUUCAUCUAUUCGAUGCGUGGAGCCUACGCAGCCGAGAAGAAUCCAUCGGAAUGCUUACACAGCAAGGCAGGGCAGUUCUACGGGGAUCUAGAUUUCUCCCAGGUCGCUAAUUGCCAGAAGAAACCGAUCAUCAAAGAUUUACCGGCUGAACGUAAAGACGAUAAUAUCACCGGGAAAUUGCCUUUCUGCUGCAAGAAUGGCACUCUCUUGCCCACUCUCAUGGAUCCCUCUAAAUCCAAAGCUAUUUUCCAAUUACAGGUGUACAAGGUGCCACCUGAUCAGAACAGAACAGCAUUCUUUCCUCCUCAGCACUGGAAAAUCGAUGGAAUAGUGAAUCCGCAGUACAAAUGCGGACUACCAGUACGUGUGGACCCGACGGGGUUCCCUGAUCCGAGCGGUCUCCAAGCCACCACCUACGCUAUCGCCAGCUGGCAAGUCAUAUGCAACAUUACCAAGCCUAAACCACAAGCUGCACGUUGCUGCGUCUCUUUCUCAGCCUUUUAUAACGACUCAGCCAUUCCUUGCAACACUUGUGCUUGCGGCUGCGAGGAUAUCGAUACUGACACUUGCAACGCCAAUGCCCGACCGCUUCUCCUCCCUCCGGACACGCUCUUGGUACCGUUUGAUAACAGGACGCUCAAGGCAAAAGUAUGGGCAAAGCAGAAACACAUGGCUGUUCCAAAGAAGCUUCCUUGUCCUGACAACUGUGGAAUCAGCUUAAACUGGCAUCUUAACUCGGAUUACAGUGAUGGAUGGUCCGCGCGGGUGACGUUGUUUAAUUGGGGAAAUAAUGCAGUGGAGGAUUGGUUUGCAGCUUUGGAUUUAGGCAAAGCUGGUUUAGGGUAUGAGAAUGUUUACUCCUUUAAUGGGUCAAGAGUCCCUCCUAAGAACCAGACCAUUUUCUUCCAAGGCCUUCGCGGUAUGAACUACUUGAUCGGUAUCACUAACGGGACGAAUCCUGCGAGAGACCCGCAGAUUCCCGGGAAAAUGCAGUCGGUUAUAUCGUUUAAAAAACGUAAUUUGGGAAAUUUGAAUAUCCCCGGAGGAGAUGGAUUCCCUAAGAGAGUUUUCUUCAAUGGAAAAGAAUGUGAGCUUCCUAAGCAUUUCCCGAAAAAGAGUUCCGGGAAGAGACUAUCCGGUAUCCGAUUUUUGCCCUCGAUUCUCCUGACGGUCACAACAUUUUUUGCGAUCACGAAUCGGUUUCUAAGCGGUCUAUAG